AUGGAUGACGAAAUGAAGAAAGGUUUACUGGAAUGUGGAAACAUAAAUGAUUAUGGUAGUUUUAUGGAUGAUAUUGCUGAAGUGACGCCAGUUACUCUUUCUUGGCAUAAAAUCCAUGCAUAUUCCAAAAAAACAAGACGUUUAAUUCUUGAUGAUAUUAGUGGUAUCGCUAAAAGCGGACAACUUAUUGCUUUUAUGGGCGCAAGUGGAGCUGGUAAGACGACAUUGUUGAAUGCACUUUUAUCAAGAAAUCUGAAAGGAUUACGAGUUGGUGGUGAAGUAAUUGUUAAUGGUUUAAAUAUUGGUGCUUGUAUAACUGCGAUUAGUGGAUAUGUUCAACAGGAAGAAUUAUUUAUUUCAUCACUUACGGUACGAGAACAUCUUCUUUUGCAAUCAUAUUUACGUCUUCCUAGGCAGUUUUCGAAAGAAGAUCGGCAAAAAGAAGUAUCAAAGGUGAUAAUGCUUUUCGGUCUUUCAAAGUGCCAGAAUAAUAGAAUAGGAACGGUUGGAGUUCGAAAAGGAAUCUCUGGCGGUGAAGCGAAAAGGCUAGCGUUAGCAACUGAAACACUUAAUAAUCCUUCAGUAUUAUUUUGCGAUGAGCCUACAUCUGGAUUGGAUUCAUACAUGGCAGAAUCGAUAGUAGAAAUUUUAUUGAAAUUGGCUCGUCGUGGCCGUACGGUUAUUUGUACAAUUCAUCAACCAACUUCCAUAUUAUUUAAUAUGUUUGACCGUGUUUUGUUCAUUGCUAGAGGUCAUGUUGCCUAUAUUGGUCCACCAUCAAAAGUUUUAUUGUUCCUCGAAAAGAAUGGCUAUCCAUGUCCGAAUGAAUAUAAUCCAGCUGAUAUGGUUGUUCAAGUAAUAUGGCCAAAUGGCAUUAUUUUGUAA